AUGUCCGCUCCGUCAACAUCAUCAACAUCAACAUCCUCAACACCAGAGGUUCCCAAAAAAUACAACCUCCGCAACCCUCUACCUCUCUCCGCCGCUCAAGAAUCAGAAGUCAAGCAAAUAUACUAUAAGCGCGUGCGAGCCCUCUGUGCCCCAGAGAUUAAAGCCUUCGCCGAAUGCGCCGUCAACCGCACCGUCACAGCAACAUGGGUAUGUCGAACACAACGCCUCGCCAUGAACUCCUGCAUGGUGGCGCACGCGAAACCAGAAGAAGAGGAUCGGGCGCGCGAGGAAUGGUUCGCGACGCAUGAGGAGCGGAAACGCGCGAAGGAGGAAGAGCUCGCGCAGGUCGAGAAGAGAAGGGCGGUUGUCAUUCGGAUGAUGAGGGAGGAUGAGGAGAAGGAGAGGAAGAGGAAGGCGGGGAAUUGA